UGGAUUGGCUCGAUCAAAUCUCAAACCAGAAAAAAAAGAAAUCAGAACAAGAUGAGACCAGCUAUUCAUUCCAAUCUGCGGACAAUCAAAUCAAUCUGCCACCAACGAGCGUCAAUUCCGAGCCUGCGAACGCUGGCGACCACCGUUAGUAUCGAUCCACUAGAUCGAAUCGAAGGAGAAGAGCCUAAACCAAAGCCAAACCAGGAUAUCAGGGAAUAUUUCAACAAGCUACCCCAUCGCCCAAAGAGACUAGACCACAAGCUCAUCAAACCAGACCAAUCAUCAUCGGAUGAUAUCUUGAUUCGUUCGUUGGACAAGGGUCGGUCGCCGAUAGGAAGUUCGUAUGCCAAGGCCCAAUCACCCGUCUAUUUCCCCAACAUUUCGAUCCGCUUAGUCAGGCCAAGCUCGACGGAUCGAGGCGACCCAUUCACGGCGAUCUUCAGAUGCGAUCUCCAGCUGACCAAGCCGGACAUCUUCAACUAUCUGCGACAGAUCUAUGGCCUCGGGAUCACGAGCAUCCGGACGGCGAUCUAUCGGGGACGGUACGAGCGUCAGAUCAAGAGCAAGGUCCGAGGGGGAGUCAAGAUCGCCAAGGACAAGAGUCGGACGUUCAAGAAGGUCUGGGUGGGCUUGGACAAACCGUUCUUCUAUCCCCCGCAACCCAACCAACGCUUCUUGAACGAAAACUACAACUACCAAGACUUCUUGAACGCCUACAAUCGCUCCAGACUCUCCCAAAUCAAACAUGCCAAACUCGAUCGAAACCAGGUCAUGCCCUCCGGCGUCCAUGAUCGUAAGGGCGAACGAGUUAACGUCCUCAGACAGAUCUUGGACUCCAAAAAAUCGAUCCAAUCCGAAUUGAACGAACACGUCAAACAAUCCUUGAUCGACUCAACUACCGCACCUUCAACUCCAACAAAGGAAUAACCUCGAACAUCUAUCUAUCAAAAUUAAACAUGUCAGAACCAAUCCUGAUUGGCUCAAACCUCUGAUGCCCGACCAAAAACUGUUGAUUAAAGAAGAUUUGUAAUGUUCGCUGAUGAUAUUCGUGUUCGCAAUCCAUCAUACUUCACCGCGAUCUUAUUCUUUAACUUCAUUCAUGCAUAUACCUACUAUAUAUCCGCUACAAAACUGUCCUUAAUCUCAAAUUUUCUCUCGUCACAUGAUUAUGAGUGGGUGUGUGUUGGGGGUGCGGCUUGAUGGAUAGUGGAUGUGUUUCAAUCCGUGAAUGGCUAAGUUGAUCCAAGCCACCCAGGCUCCAUUUGUGCUGAACUUGUAAACUAAAGGUAUCUAUUUAGGUGCUUCAGACUACUUACUAUCUUAGAAUGUCAUGAACCGAGUAUUCAAACACUAAUA